AUGGCACCAAAGAAGAACAAGGAUGAGAAGCCGGCUUACUCAGUCGAGCUUCGGUUUGGCCGAACAAAAACGAACUUAAAAAUGGGUGUUGUCGGUCUCCCAAACGUAGGAAAGAGUUCUUUUUUCAACCUGCUCACCAAGCAAGCAGCAGAGGCGCAAAACUUUCCCUUCUGCACAAUCAAGCCAAACGAAGGAAGAUGUAAAGUCCCUGAUGACAGGUAAGAAUUGAUCAACUUUCUCUUCGAUCAUAAAUGAUAUUGAAAGCGUUGAGAAUGAGGAUACGAUGAAUAAAGUUGUAGCUGUAGCAGUAGCAGAGAAUACUAUAAUAAUAUCUCUUUCUCUUACGUCAGAUCUUUGUCACACAAUCAAGGUUCGAGAAGCUUUGCGAGAUGUGGAAGCCGAAAAGUAUAGUACCCGCAUAUUUGAACGUCACCGACAUUGCCGGUUUGGUCAGAGGGGCGCACGAGGGCGCCGGUCUAGGAAAUGACUUUCUCAGUCAUAUUCAAGCUGUAGAUGGUACAAAUUUGUUACAGAGGACGCGAAAUUUUUACCAGCAAAUGUUGAUUAGAAAGCCGUUAAGUAGAAGUUGUACCUGCUAGUUGAAGUUCAAGGACACGCUCGUUGAUCCUGAUAUGCAUUCGGAAAGAAGAGGACUACAACAUAUUCAAGAUUCAUUUACUUGUACCUGCAAAUCAAGUUCAAGUCAGAAAGCAAAAACGCCACCUCUUCUCUACACUCGCACUGCCUUCACCUUCAGGCAUCUUCCAUAUGAUCCGACUAUUCGAGGAUGCAGACGUAACACACGUUGACGACAGUGUGGAUCCCGUGAGGGACCUCGAUACCAUUACCCAAGAGCUCUGCUUGAAGGAUCUCGCGUAUGACUUUUUUUGAAGGUCCACAGCAGUAGUCCUAAUAUUUUUGGGUGCUACAUUGAAAUUAAGUCAACAGCUCUCGCUCUCUUAGCACAGUCGUCGUGAAGUCGCAAUGAAUCGAUGAAAACUCGCGCUUACAUUUGCUCUAACAUAAUCAAAAACUUGAAAAAUUCCACUUCACCAUAAUAGGUAUUACGAGAAAGUGGUUGAGGCCUACGUUACGUCGAUGAAGCGAGCACAGAAAAAAAUUCCAGAAGAGUGGACCGCAUGCAUGGAUAAAGUAAAGGGAUACCUCGAGAAAAACCAGCUUCUUUCGAAACAGGCCUGGUCCCCAAUCGAAGUCGAAAAAAUCAACGAGUUUCUUCCAAUUCUCAUCACUACAAAGCCCGUCGUCUAUCUGCUCAACAUGUCUGAGAAAGGAUACAAGACCAAGAAGAACAAAUGGUACUUAUACGUAGCAUAGUUUAUAGACGGUGGGAAGCAGGUGGGCGACGCUGGGGCGCUGGGCGGCCACGCUUGGCACGGUGGGCGGACCCUUGGCACACAUGGGGGGCACGCUGGGAGCAUAUAGCGUUGCCCCGCUGCUUCCGCCAAUGUACAGGGCCGCAGUCGAGGGCCGCUCGGCGCUGUGCUCCUUUGCGGAGUGCUUCCCUGCUGUAUGCAGUGCCGCUUGGGUGUGUAGAGUGCGGCGCAGCGCUGCAGUGCGCCUCAGUGCUCUGCUGCAAUGUGCGGCCAGUGCUGCUGAGGGAUAUCCCCAGGCGGGCCAGUAGGUGGGCGCCCCAUUUCUUAUGCAGCUUGCUGCGGAUUCAGGGCGCACGCGCUUACUCUGCCGGGUGGCUUCAGAAAUGGGUGCCCGAAGGGCGCCCCGAUUUUUGGCCCCAAGUCUUACGGUGGGCGCACAGUUGGCGAAAUAUUUCGCAGAAGACCCAGUUUUGGCCCGCCCAGCGGCCCAGCGUGCCAAGCAUGCCCACCGAUCCAAUUCUGGGGAGCGAAUAAACAAGCAGAAAAUAGUGAGUAACAAGCACAACCGGAAGCAACUUCCGCUUCGGGCGCGUAAUCCUCUUCCAUGUAUAAUUCGUGAUCGUGUUGAUUGAUUAUAUCAGAGUAGUUCAUAGCACGCAUGGUGCAUGGAGUAGCAUGGAGUGCAUGGAGCGCAGAGCUUUAAGGGGCGCAAGAAGCUCCCCCUUUAGCUCCAUGCUACUCCAUGUGAUCCAUGCACUCCAUGCCAUGCGAGCUGUGAAACCUUAUGAGUUGCUCUGUUAUAUAAAUGCUUACAAGAAGAUGAAGAAACUCUGCACUUUUUACAUUUUUCCUCCCUUCCUCUCUUCAUCAGGUUGUACAAAUCUUUCCUACCACCUUUCAUCCACCAGGUUGUCGAAGGUGUUCACAUGGAUCCAGGAGCACGGCGGCGGAACCAUUAUUCCGUUUUCCGUCGAUUUUGAGGAGCAGCUAUUCAACGCUCGUGACGAUCCUGCGGCUUUGGCCGCUAUUAAGGCUGAGGAGGGUAACACCGACAGUGCCAUCGAUAAGAUCAUCAAGACCGGACAUAAUGAGCUGAACUUGAUGUAUUUCUUCACCUGCGGUGAAGACGAGGUCCGAGCAUGGACCGUGUACAAGGGCGCAACUGCCCCGAACUGCGCAGGAGCGAUACAUUCCGAUAUGGAGAAAUGCUUUAUUAAGGCAGAAGUGUGCACCUACGAGGACUUCUUAGCGCUCCAAUCGCCAGGAGCCAAGACGAGCAUGGCAGGAGUAAAGGCUGCAGGGAAGUACCGCAUGGAGGGAAAACAGUACGUCGUGAAGGAUGGCGAUAUCCUCCACAUCAUGCAUAACGCGAGAAAGUAAAUGCAACAUCGACCGCCUUCUACUUGAUAUAGUCUGGAUAAGAACAGCACCGAAGGCAAGAAGAUACAUUUGCAGAAGAAGAUCAUAACGAAAAAAUUUUUUGUUACCGGGGAUGCUGCAGCUUGUCCCUCUGUUUCACCACCAGUUCUAUUUUUAGUGAGAUGUCAACAUCUGCCAUUCCUGGUAGGGUCACAGUUUACGAGUAACACUCCCAAAAAAACAAGUUCGUACUUUGAUAUUGCAGUUGGUUGGCCGAGGGACGACAAGGACUGGAGGCUCGUGCGAUGCCUGCAACGAGGACUUUCCCUAAGAAUAUCUAGUAUCCGUCACCAUGGACAUUAAUCCUUAGCUUCAUGCUAUUCCUAUUCACGAUGGUCUUUACACCUGUAUUCUGAUUCUAAUUCUCAUCGCAUAAUCACUACAAGAUCCACUUCUACACACUGGGAUUAUAGAAAUUGUAUCAUAAUCUUCAUCAUCUGCAACGCACAGAUAUAAAAAGCAUGAAAUAAUUGCAUUGAGAUCGACUGCGCAAAAUAUCAUAUAACAAUAACCCUAUCUAUUGAACUUCUAAAUUUGAUCUCGUGUACACCGGCGCCAUUGGUGGACUCAAAAAUAGGAGGACCUUCUCGACGAAGAACUCUUUCACCCAAUACUCAAGGAACAAAAAAGCUGCAGUAUGAACAAAGAUGAACCAUCAAGGACACAGAGUUGUCAAAGGCUCCUGUACUGGGCUCCUUCACCACGCAUAUAUUAUUUGUAUGUGCACCCUCUUUCUCGAGCAGCUAUUGCGUUUCCUAAUGAUCAACAAGAUCCGGCGCAACACAAAGGUAUCGUGGAUCCUGUGCCUUCGCUCUGUAU